UCAUGUGACUCUCUUACAUCAGAAAUUAGACAGAAAAAGCUCAGAGAAAUACAAUUCACUACAGCUAGCUAGCUACAAGGAAAGAAACCAAGCAAAAGACUGUUCAUUAGCUUUACUAUACUAUACUCAAAGGGUGUCGUUUGAGGAACUUUGGGGAGGACAAGAGGAUCAAAAUGAGCUCCUUGUUCCGAUCAGAGGAGAUGACACUAGCCCAGCUGUUCCUACAGUCUGAGGCAGCCUACUCCUGUGUCAGGGAGCUGGGGGAACUGGGCAAAGUACAGUUCAGAGAUGUCAAUGCUGACGUGAAUGCCUUCCAGCGCAAGUUCAUCAAUGAGGUGCGUCGCUGUGACGAGAUGGAGAGGAAGCUGCGUUUCCUCAAUAACGAGCUGGUGAAGGUUGAUAUUGAAUUGAGACCUGGGGGCAAUGUGGAGGCCCCGGAACCUCAAGCCAUGAUUGACCUUGAGAGUAAGUUUGAGGUGCUGGAGACUGAGGUGAAGGAGAUCAACACAAACAAAGAAACUCUCAAGAAGAACCUGCUGGACCUCAUCGAGCUGCAGCACAUCCUCGACAAAACCCGGGGCUUCUUUCAGGAGGCCGAGCAGUAUGCUGUAACUGCCACACCCACCCGUAAGCGUAAGGGCCCUGGCGGAGAGAUUACCACUGAUGAGGACAUCACAGGACGUGAGGAGAAGGGACUGUUGGACGAGCAUCUGCAGAUAGCCACUGCUCAGACCAAGUUCACGUUUGUGACUGGCGUGAUAGUGAGGGAACGUGUGGCUGCGUUUGAGCGUGUCCUGUGGAGGGCGUGUCGUGGCAACGUGUUCCUGAGACAGGCAGAUAUAAUGCAGCCUCUUGAGGACCCAACUACUGGUGUCCUCGAGAACAAGAUAGUGUUCAUCCUGUUUUUCCAGGGAGACCAGCUGAGGACAAGGGUCAGGAAAAUCUGCGAUGGAUUCCGAGCUAUGCUGUACCAGUGCCCGGAGACAGCUGACGAGCGUGCCCAGAUGGUGGGUCAAGUGGCGGCACGUAUCAGUGACCUCCAGUCAGUGCUCCAGACAACAGAAGAGCACUCAAUCACCCAGCUCACUGAGAUAGCACAAGACCUGGACACCUGGCAGACCAAGGUGAAGAAGAUCAAGUCAGUAUACCAUAUUCUGAACAUGUUCAACCUGGACGUGACCCAGCGCUGUCUCAUUGCCGAGUGUUGGUGUCCUGUAGACGCUCUCGAUGAGAUACAGGCUGCCCUCACCAGGGGAACCGAGCGUAGUGGUUCAACUGUACCGUCCAUUCUAAACAGGAUGGCUACUGAUGAAGCUCCACCCACCUACAACAAGGUCAACAAGUUCACCCGUGGUUUCCAAGCCAUUGUGGAUGCGUACGGAGUGGCCACCUAUCAAGAGGUCAACCCAGCCCUGUACACGAUCAUCACAUUCCCGUUCCUGUUUGCGGUGAUGUUUGGUGACGCAGGUCACGGUAUCAUCAUGGCCUCCUUUGCUGCUCUGCUCAUCUUAUUUGAGAAGAAACUCAACAACUAUAACGGACCCGGAGGAGAGAUGUUUGUUACGCUGUUCAAUGGUCGCUACAUCAUUCUCCUCAUGGGGCUGUUCUCCAUCUACACUGGGAUGGUGUACAACGAUGUGUUCUCCAAGUCACUCAAUAUCUUUGGCACUUCGUGGGACCUCACUUACACCAACGGUUCCAUGGAUCAACCAGCCAGUGACAUACUCGGGUGCUGUCCAAACCCACCGUGUGUCCAGUUUGCACCUGGGGGUCAUCUCACCUACGUCCCCCGCGAGGCUAUGACAAAAAUGACCCCCUACCCGUUUGGACUGGACCCUAUCUGGAACGUGGCCGAGAACAAGUUGGUCUUCACCAACUCUUACAAGAUGAAGAUGGCCAUCACUCUGGGUGUCAUGCAGAUGUUGUUUGGAGUCUGUCUGCAGGUUUUCAAUCACAUCCACUUCAAGAACUAUCUGAACAUCAUACUAGAGUUUGUACCUCAAGUUCUGUUCCUGUUGUGCAUCUUUGGCUGGUUGGUCUUCCUCAUCUUCUUCAAGUGGUGCUUCUUCUACGUCAAUCCCAACUAUGCUCCCAGUUUGCUGAUCACGCUCAUCAACAUGUUCCUCAAGUUUGGCGGCUCCCCUGAUGUUACCAACACUGACCCCACACAGAUACAAUACUCCGUGUUUGGUCACACUGAUGAACUAGCCCAGCUCCAGAAAUAUAUUCAAAUUGUUUUGGUGAUUGUGGCGUUGGUGUGUGUACCGUGGAUGUUGCUUGCCAAGCCUAUUUACCUCCUUAUCAAACACAAAAUGCAGUCAAAGGAUGGCUACAGCCGUGCUCGGGCUGAGUCUGGUUACAACGUGACACCUGACGGUGAACCGGCUGAUGAUGAACGUGCCCAGAUCAUUCUCAAGGAGGAGGGUGGAGGCAAACACUCCGACAAGAUGGAUGGUAAAGAAGAUGAUGGCACUGAGAAAGAGGGAGAAAAGUUCGAGUUUAGUGAGAUCUUCAUUCACCAAUCCAUCCACACAAUUGAGUACUGUCUUGGCACCAUCUCCAACACUGCCUCCUACCUCCGACUCUGGGCUCUCAGUCUCGCUCACGCUGAGCUAUCUGAGGUGUUGUGGAAUAUGGUGUUCCAGUUGGGCAUUGGGGUGGCUGCUUCCAUCAGCCCGAUUCUUGGAGCCAUUGCCGUCUUCUUCCUCUUUGCAGCUUGGGCAGCCAUGACAAUCGGCAUUUUGCUGGUGAUGGAGGGGCUCUCUGCUUUCCUGCAUGCCCUGCGUCUGCACUGGGUGGAGUUCCAGAACAAGUUCUACGAUGGAAACGGGUACAAGUUCACUCCGUUCAGCUUCGAGGCUAUUCUCAAGGGCGAGGAUGAUUAACUGAACAUACUUAUUUUAGCUGGGAAUAAUUAUUUAGUAUAGAUCUACGUUGUAUUAAAGUUUGAAGUGGACAGACUUAUAGCGAAAGUUAGUUUUUAGUUAUGAUUGUUAUUCUGAAAUAAUGAUUUCUUGUCAGAGUUG